UUUAAAAAUUUAAACCCCCAACAGAAAACGGACGGUCCGAUUUGGAUCCAGAAAAACGAGACAUCAGAAAAUUCAAAUUUUUAGGGUUUCUGAUUCCCGAUCUCUCAGAAAUGGAGAAGUACGAGAAGCUCGAGAAGGUCGGCGAAGGCACGUACGGCAAGGUCUACAAGGCGAAAGACAAAGCCACAGGGCAGUUGGUGGCGCUGAAGAAGACGCGCCUUGAGAUGGACGAGGAGGGCGUGCCGCCCACUGCCCUCCGCGAGGUCUCGCUCCUACAGAUGCUCUCUCAGUCGCUCUACAUCGUUCGAUUGCUCUGCGUCGAACACGUCGACAGCAAAGAGGGGAAGCCCGUCCUGUACUUGGUGUUCGAGUAUUUGGACACCGAUCUCAAGAAGUUCAUCGAUUCACACAGGAAGGGGCCGAAUCCUGGGCCGAUGCCGCCGUCGCUGGUGCAGAGCUUUAUGUACCAACUGUGCAAGGGGGUGGCGCACUGCCACUCCCACGGCGUCCUCCACCGCGAUCUGAAGCCGCAGAAUCUGCUUCUUGACAAGGAAAGGGGGAUUCUGAAGAUCGCUGAUCUCGGACUCGGCCGCGCAUUCACUGUGCCUCUCAAGAGCUACACGCACGAGAUUGUUACUCUCUGGUAUAGAGCGCCCGAGGUUCUGCUGGGUUCGGCUCACUACUCCACUGGCGUUGAUAUGUGGUCCGUAGGAUGCAUCUUCGCGGAGAUGGCAAGGAGGCAGGCUCUUUUUCCGGGAGAUUCUGAGUUCCAGCAGUUGCUUCACAUUUUCAGGCUGCUAGGAACACCAUCUGACAAGCAGUGGCCAGGAGUUUCUUCUCUGCGAGAUUGGCACGUGUAUCCGCAGUGGGAGCCUCAGAACUUGGCUCGUGCUGUUCCUGCUUUGGAGCCUGAAGGAGUUGACCUCCUAGCCAAAAUGCUUAAAUAUGAUCCAGCUGAGCGAAUCUCCGCGAAAGCUGCCCUUGACCACCCUUAUUUCGACACCCUGGACAAGUCUCAGUUCUGAAGUUUCACUUAUGAACACAAAGAUGCUAUGAAGUGCUUUCUCAUACCUUGGAAGAGAUGAAUUCAGUGCUGCCUUGCCUUUUUUCAACUGUUGUCGGGGGAAGUCAGCCGUCAUCAUCUUGGUGAUUCCAAAUUAUUGUAUGAUGUUUGCAUCCCUGUAAAUCACGGUGUGGUUAUCCUUGUUAGACAACUCAUCGUUUUUAAGUAUUGUUAUUUGACUAAUGCUAAUCAAGCAAAUUCGCAACCGCGGCCAUAGCGAAGAAGAUAUAAAAAUGGAAGUUUCCUGUU